AACUCCGCAGAGGAAACAAGGCAGGACAGAUUCAGCCUCACAGAUAAUUCACCCUAGAAAUAAGGAGGAAUUUCCUGACAGUUGUGGGAGCUUCAUCGCUGGAGGCUUCCAAGAAGAGACUGGACUGCCACCUGUCAGAAACGGUGUAGGAAUGGACACGGAGGACGACGCUUUAUUGCAAGACGGGUGCGGCAAUGAAGAUGAAGAAGGGACUUAUGGCCCUGGCAUGAAAACCAGAGGGUCCCGCCUCUGUGGGAAAUGCCAGUGGAAGCCCAAGCACCGGGCCACUUUCGUGACGCUCCCAUCCUCGGAUUUUUGGACCGUGGUGGGCUGGGUCUUCACCAACCCUUAUUCCGCCAGCCUCAUCCUCUUUUUGGGAUGCGCCAUUCCUGCCGGCUUGGCCCUGACCAUGUUCCUCCACUACCCCGCUCUGGACAUCGACAUCUCGUACAACGCCUUUGAGAUCCGCAACCACGAAUCGUCGCAGCGCUUCGAUGCCCUCACCCUGGCCCUCAAGUCCCAGUUCGGCUUGUGGGGACGCAGCCGCCGAGACCUGGCCGAUUUCAGCUCGGAGACCUUACGGAGACUGAUUUUUGAGAAACUGCAGCACCUCCAGCGCAACGCCUCGCGGACGGGGGCCCCAAACCUCUCCCGGAGGCAGCGAAGGGACACGGGCCGGAAUCAGGCUGGCCCAGCCAACCACACCUCCCACCAAUCCCGAAGUCCCGUCCCUCGGUGGGAGUAUCCGAGCACCACCGUGAGCGCCAACACCCAGACUCACGCCCACUGGCGCAUCGAACUCAUCUUCCUCGCUCGGGGAGAUGCCGAGAAGAAUAUCUUCACCUCCGAGCGCCUGUUGACGAUCCACGAGGUGGAGCGCAAAAUUAUGGACCAUCCUCACUUCCAGGAGUUUUGCUGGAAGCCUCACGAGGUCCUCAAAGAUCUCCCUUUGGGGUCUUACUCCUACUGUUCCCCUCCUAGCUCCCUCAUGACCUAUUUCUUCCCCACAGAGAGGGGUGGAAAAAUAUACUACGAUGGCCUCGGACAAGAGCUCGCCGACAUCCAAGGGUCUCUGGAGCUGGCCAUGACCCACCCGGAAUUCUACUGGUAUGUGGACGAGGGCCUCUCGGCCGAGAACAAGAAAAGCUCUCUCUUGCGGAGCGAGGUCCUCUUCGGCGCUCCCCUGCCCAGCUACUAUUCCAUGGAUGACCGCUGGGAAGAACAGUGCCGGAAGUUUCAAAACUUCGUGGUCACUUACGUGGCCUUGCUGGCCAAGGAAUCUACCAGCAAAGUGGAGGUUCUGUACGGCGGAACGGACCUGUUUGAUUACGAAGUGAGGAAGAUUUUCAAGAAUGACAUGCUGCUGGCCUUCAUCAGCAGCUCCUGCAUUGCGGUGCUGGUCUACCUCCUGGCGUCGUGUUCAGUCUUCCUGUCCUUUUUUGGCAUUGCUAGCAUCGGAAUCAGCUGCCUGGUGGCCCUUUUUCUGUACCACAUUGUCUUCGGAAUCCAGUACCUGGGAAUCCUGAACGGAGUGGCGGCCUUUGUCAUCGUGGGCAUCGGGGUGGACGACGUCUUCGUCUUCAUCAACACCUAUCGGCAGGCCACACAUCUGAAAGAUCUCAACCUCAGGAUGAUCUACACCAUCCAGACAGCUGGCAAAGCCACCUUCUUCACUUCCUUAACCACGGCUGCGGCGUACGCCGCCAACAUUUUUUCCCAGAUCCCAGCUGUCCAUGACUUUGGCCUCUUCAUGUCCUUGAUUGUCUCCUGUUGCUGGGUUGGGGUCCUUUUCACUAUGCCAGCUGCUCUGGGGAUUUGGUCUCUCUACUGGUCCUCGCUGGAAAACACCUGUCAGGCCAGAUGCAGUAAAAAAUGCACAAAGGAAAGCACUUUGCAGAGCUCGGAUGGCCUGUUCGUCUCCUUGGCAGUGGCUGGCAGGUCAGGCCUGGGCACUCUGCCUUACCUGGAUGACGACAUCCCCCUGCUGAACGUGGAGGAGGAGCCAGUUGCUCUAGAGAUGGGGGAUGUCCCCUUGGUAUCUGUGUUGCCCGAAAACCACCACCUCACUACCAACAAUGACAGCCCGGGACACCUGAUCACUCACCUGCAGAAGCUCCUCCAGUGCUGGGCACUAUGGUCGGCAGUCAAAAACAAAUGGGUGAUCGUUGGGCUCUUUGUCUUGGUCCUCAUCCUUUCCAUCUUCUUCGCCAGCCGCCUUCGCCCAGCUAGCCGCGCCCCUCUCCUCUUCAGGCCCGAUACCAACAUCCAGGUGUUGAUGGACCUCAAGUACAACUUGAGUGCUGAGGGCAUCUCUUGUGUCACCUGCUCAGGGUUGUUUCAGGAAAAACCCCGUAAUCUGCAGAAUAACAUCCGCACCUCCCUGGAGAAGAAGAAGAGGGGGUCGGGGCCACCGGGAAGCGGCCGAGGGAGCCCCCAAGACGACAGAACUCUGCAGGAUCCCCAGGGAACAGUCUACAUCUUCAGAUCCAAGGGCAACAGCCGGCCGGUGAUCUACAGGUUUUCUCUCAACGCCACCGUGCCGCCACCGUGGCAGACGGUGCCGGCAAAAGAUGGAGAAGUGCCGUCCUUCCAGGUGUAUAAAGUUCCUUACGGUAACUUCACCAAGAGGCUGACCGCUUGUAUGUCCACAGUAGGGCAUGUCCAACCAGGGGCCAGCAAGAAGUGGAUGAUGACCAGCUUAUCAUGCGACACGAAGAGAGGGUGGAAAUCCGACUUCAGCUUCUACGUGGCCACCCAGGAGCAACAACGCACACGGAAGCUGUAUUUUGCCCAGUCACAUAAGCCUCCGUACCACGGCCGAAUCUGCCUGGCACCCCCGGGCUGCCUCCUCAGCUCCAGUCCAGAUGGACCCAACAAAGGAUACCUAUUCGUGCCAAGCGAGAGAGCCUCUGCCAGAUCCAGGUUCUCCAUCACGUCAGGAUUCAACCCUUGCAGGAACGGCAACUGCGGGAAGCCUGCCGUGCGUCCGCUGGUGGACACGGGCGCCAUGGUCUUCGUAGUGUUUGGCAUCCUUGGGGUCAACCGUACCCGGCACACCGACAACCACGUCAUUGGAGACAUGGGUAGCGUCAUCUACGACAGCAGCUUCGACCUGUUCAAAGAAAUUGGCAACCUGUGCCGGAUCUGUAAGGCCAUUGCCAGCAACGCCGAGCUGGUCAAACCAGGAGGAGCCCAGUGCCUCCCUUCAGGCUACAGUGUCUCCUCUGUCCUUCAGAUGCUACACCCAGAAUGUAAGAACCUCCCUGAGCCCAACCUGCUUCCCGGACAGCUCUCCCACGGGACGGUGGGGGUGAAGGACGGCAAGGUCCAAUGGAUCUCCAUGGCCUUUGAGUCGACCACCUACAAGGGAAAAUCAUCCUUCCAGACCUAUUCCGAUUAUCGCAAAUGGGAAACCUUCCUUCAGGACCAGAUCCGGCAGUUUCCGGAAGGGUCGUCGCUACGCAGAGGUUUCCAGACUUGUGAGCAUUGGAAGCAGAUCUUCAUGGAAAUCAUAGGUGUGCAAAGUGCGCUUUUCGGCCUCAUCCUUUCCCUGGUGAUCUGCAUCGCCGCUGUCGCUCUCUUCACCACCCACCUUCUCCUCCUGCUUCCCGUCUUGCUCACCAUUUUAGGCGUCGUCUGUCUCGUGGUGACUGUCAUGUACUGGUCGGGCUGGGAGAUUGGGGCCGUGGAAGCCGUCUCGCUCUCCAUCCUGGUGGGCUCCUCGGUGGACUAUUGCGUGCAUCUGGUGGAGGGCUUCCUUCUGGCUGGGGAGAGCCUCCCCCCGCACCUGGCAGAGGACCCCAGCUCCAGUCGCCAGUGGAGGACGGUGGAGUCGGUGCGCCACGUGGGCGUGGCCGUCGUCUCCAGCGCGGUCACCACGGUCAUUGCCACCAUUCCUCUCUUCUUCUGCAUCAUCGCGCCCUUUGCCAAGUUCGGGAAGAUCGUGGCCCUCAACACGGGCCUCUCCAUCCUCUACACCCUGACUGUCAGCACGGCUUUGCUGAGCAUCAUGGGGCCGCCUGCGUUCACCCGCAGCCGGACUUCUUUCCUCAAGGCGUUACUGGGGGUGCUGCUGGCCGGGGCGGGUGGCCUCGGCUUUUAUUUGGUGCUGCUGAGAAGCGGAUUGGAGAUCCCCCUCCUCAGUGGGCCCGGCUUAUAGCCCACAGAGACCCUCCUGCCCAUUUUCCCCUCUCUCUCAAAAAAAAAAAGAGAGAGAGAGAGAGAGAGAGAGAGAACACUGUAGGGUGAGGCUUCUUGGGUGCAUGAUCUUUUCUGGGGGGUGGGUUCUGAUCCUGUUCCAUGGGAGUUGUUGCUGGGAAUGCAGCUCUCUUGUCUGUGGACCACUCACCCGUCGGCAGAAUGGGAGUCCCGGAGCUGUUCUCCGUCUCCCGGUGAAAUCAAAGCUGGAGUCCUUUCCCAUGCACACGAUGAGAAGCCAGGGCAGAGGAGAAAGACGGGGUCCUCCUGGGCAGUCCAGAGAGGAACAACCCCCCCCCCUCUCAGGGGUGAAAUAUACUUACCUUCCCUACCCGUUAAAACCAGGAAGUAAUGAUGUCUAGGCAGGUGGGCGGAGCCUUGUGCUUCCGCCGCUAGCAGUUUGCUGAACCAAGCGGUUCGCGCGAACCGUUGUAAACCGGUAGCAUUUCACCCCUGCCUCCACUUUCCAUCUCUGGGACCAGCUGACACGUUUCAGGCUUUUCGGCAGCUUCCAGAAAUUCUGCCUCUGGUUUUUUCGAAGGUUCCCGGUCAGAAGUCCGGGAGAAAACGUCCUUGGCUUCCCACAACCCGUAUCCCCUUCCUCGCCUUCGGUUUUCCACUUGCACUUUAAUUCCUACCUCCCCUUGGCUUGUUUCCAGGUAGGGUUUUAUUGGGGGUUGGGUUGGGGCGAGAAAUAAUGAGGAUCUGGACAGGCGAACAAUUGUCCACCUUUGGUGGAAGGAAAAGAAUCAGAGGCUGCCUUCUUCGUUGGCUUCUUCGAGACGUUUUUUUUCCCCUUCCCUGCUCUGAAAAUCUUUCCCAGCUUCGCCUUUUAUGAAGAUAUAUAUAUAUAUUUAGAGCUUGGUUGCCGUUGCUCGCUCCCUCCCCAGCUAUUGGCAUUUCCGUCUCCCAUUUUGGAUUUGCAAACCACGUGUUUGGGGGUAUUUUUGGUUUUUGGGGAUGAGAAACGGCCAGAGUUGAACCAUGGGGCUGGCUGGGAAUUCUGGGAGUUGAAGUUCCCAAGGAUGAGAAGCACUCCAGCUGACCCGUCUCUUGUUCUUGAGAAGGUGUUCAAACUCCGCCUGGAAGCGACAAGCGGAUUGAAAUUUCUCCCCUUCGAAUGUCUCAAAUCUAGCCUUGAGUUCGCCCUUAGAUGUCUUGCUUUUUCCUUCCUUCCUUCCUUUCCUUCCUUUCCUUUUCCUUCCUUUCCUUUUCCUUCCUUCCUUUCCUUUCCUUCCUUUCUUCCCUUUCCUUUUCCUUCCUUCCUUCCAUCCAUCCUUUCUUUUUCCUUCCUUCCUUCCCUUCCUUCCUUUCCUUUCCUUUUCCUUCCUUCCUUUUCUUUCUUUCCUCCCUUCCUUUUCUUUCCUUUUCCUUCCUUCCUUCCUUUCCUUUUCCUUCCUUCCUUCCUU